AUGUCUUAUUAUUUGAAUUUUAUUUUAUCAUUGGUUGUUUGGAGAUUUGUUGAAGCAGAAUCAACUGUGACAGCAGUAUUUUAUAAACAGAUUGUUGUACAGAAUUUAUUGCCCUCUGCACGUGAAUUAGAACUUAUGAACUUAUGUUCAUAUAUGAUAACAAUUUAA